CUGUCUCCACAAACGGGAAACAUUCAAAUGCGCGCCAUUUGUUUGAUCCAGUGGUUAACUUAUCUUGGCAUCGUAAAUGGUGACAGCCGGAUAUUUUCAAACAACCAUUAAAGAUCAACAAAUUUGAAACAACUUCUAAAAAUAUCUAUAUUUUCUACCAUGGAAGAUGAGAUUAAAGACGCACAGGUGUCCUGUCUAUCAGGAAUUAUCGAUUUGCAAAGAGCGUGUCAAAAACAAAAUUUAAAACUUUCAGCCGAAACAAAUCAGUAUCUGGUAUAUUUGACACUGAAAAAAUUGGGUCCAUUCGUUGCACAAAAAUUGAUCAGCAAACUUGUUGAAAAGGGAGAAAUAAAUUGGGAAGAUGGCCACUGGGAAGUUGAACAGAUCAUUGACCACUGUGAAGAUGAGGGAGAAGAAUAUUAUCUUAUCAAAUGGAAAGACUGGAGUAAUGCACACAAUUCUUGGGAACCAAAGGCUAAUCUAGAAUGUACAGAUCUUUUGGAAGAGUUUCAUGUUAGGGGUACCAAGAGAAAGUAUGAAUAUGAUGAUAACGUCCCAAUUUCCAAGAGAAGCAGAGUAGAUGAAAUAUUUCAGAAACUUAAGCCAAUGAAAGGGAAAAUAUCCCCUCUUCAGUUGCUCUCUGUCAGUAGUCCAGUUAAAGGUGGGAAACCUAUUUUCAAAGGACUGAUUGCUACGGGUGGAAAAUACAAACCAAAAUAUAAACCUUCAGCAGGAAAACCAUUAAAUCCUAGAUCCAAAGCAUACAAACAAAAGAAAGUGGAAAUUAUAAAAGCACUCAAGGAAUGGCAAGUUCAUUUAAAUGCCAUCAGUACAGACCCUGCUGGAAUAGUUGUAGAAAACAAUAUAGAUCUUGAGGGUCCGCCAGAAAACUUUGUAUAUAUCAAUGACUAUAAGCCAAUGGAAGGAAUAAUCAUACCAAAUGAUCCCCUUGUAGGAUGUGAAUGUGACAGUUGUUUAGAUAAUAAGAAAAAAUGCUGUGUAACACAGUGUGGAUCAGAGUUUGCCUACUACAAAAACAAGAGACUAAGAGUACUCAAAGGAACACCAAUAUAUGAGUGUAAUAAACGUUGUAAAUGUGGUCCAGAGUGUCCUAAUCGUGUUGUUCAGUUAGGAAGAAAAUGCAAACUGAGCAUAUUUCGGACAAUCAAUGGUAGAGGAUGGGGUGUGAAAACUCUACAGAAGAUUAAGAAAGGGUCUUUUGUUGUUGAAUACGUAGGAGAGGUUAUAACAGAUGUGGAAGCAGAAAAACGAGGGAAAUAUUAUGAUGCUGUUGGAAGAACCUACCUCUUUGAUCUUGAUUAUAAUGAUGGAGACUGUCCAUAUACUGUUGAUGCUGGUUACUAUGGAAAUGUGUCCCACUUUAUCAAUCAUUCGUGUGAUCCUAAUUUGGAAGUAUUUGGAGUGUGGAUUAAUACGUUAGAUCCAACAUUACCAAGGAUUGCAUUGUUUUCAAGGAGAGACAUAGAGAAGGGAGAAGAAUUAACCUUUGAUUACAUGAUGACAGGAGAUACUACAAAUCAACCCCCAACACUUGAUCAAGUAGAAAAGAAUUUAGCAGCAGAGUUCCUGAAAACGCCCGUGCUACAGACUUAUCCAGACAUGCCUGAGGGUGAUGGGGAUUCAUUAGAAGUCACCCUGGAGGAGAAUGACACUUUACCAGAGUUAAAGCCUGAUGAGGUUAAGGAAACAGGAGACGCUGACAGUGUUGACAGUGCUGACAGUAAUGACAGUAAUAUACCAGAACUAUCCAUCGAGUCAGAUGAGGUCUUUGAUGAACCUCCAAAACUUGAAACACAAAAAAGUGAACUUAUUCCAAAGUCAUUGACCGAUCAAUAUAGAAUUGUUUGUCAGUGUGGUGCAAAAAAUUGUAGAAAAUAUUUGUUUUAAUUGUUGAUUGUUAUUAAUCAUUAGACAUUUGUUGUUUUAUAAUGAAUUCAGAUCAUUGUUUUAGUGUACUCACAAUUGUGUUCAGAAUGUAUAAAGAUGAAAUAUAUAUAUUUGAGAAAGACUUGAUAUUGCUCAUGUAACUCAAAAUGGCUUUGGUAUUUUAAGAGGACCUUUUUAUUUUGAUUGAGAAUUUUUAUUUCUUAAUUGAUUACUAGUCAUUGGUAUGUUAUAAUACCGCCACAUUAUAAUUGGCAUUUAAGAGAACAAAAUAAAACGACAACUUCAUAUAUUUUUUCUGAUUUUCCAAGACAAACAUGUAUAUAAAAGUAUGAUACAGAAAAUGUAUGAAAGAUUGAUUUUUAAAGAUACUGAUUGUUUUUUGCAUACGAGUGUUAUAAACUUGGACAAAUGAUAGUGAGGUUUUGGCAGCAAUUGCUUGCAGAGAAAUAAUUGCUUUACCAAAUUUUUUUUACCAAGAGGCAGCUCUAUGAAUUUAAACAUUGCAAAAUUUAUUUUGAAUUUAUAUAUAGCAGAAUGGAGUAAACUAACCUGCCCAGAUAUUGGGCAACUAUAAAUUUUUCAUAUAGCUUAUUCUAGAUGUGUUUGAGGGUACAAUAUAUGUUAAGAGUAUGUGGUAUCAAAAAGAUUGGGGGGACAAUUAUCAAAUUUCAUUGUUUUCAUUUUGUUCUGUAUGAAAUCAUCUUAAAAGUUGUAAAGUAUGGUGUCAUCUCAUAAUUUACAUUAUUUAUACUUGAAAUUUAAUUUAUUAUCAAAUUUCUCAGGACCUACUUUUUUUUUUAUUGGAAUUGAAUAAUAAUAUUGAACAUGAAACAUAGACCUGUAACAGGUCAAUAAUUGUUAAUUGUAUAUAGAAAUUGCUUGUGUAUAUAUUAAAUGAUGUUCAUACGUAUUGAAAUAUUUCCAUAUAGAAAUUGUUAAUCCAUACCUUCCUAUUCCAAUAAUAAUAUUUGAAAAAAAAAUACCUUUACAACAUCCAGUUUUAAACCAUUUAUUAUUUCUAUUUAGACUUUAUUCCUUAAAUCAUUUAAAUUGUCAAACUUUGUAAAUCAUAUAUUAUAAACACUUUUUGGGUUGACGUUAGAAAAUAUGUGAAAUAUUCUUAUCCCACUUACAAUUAAAAAAAAAAAAAAAAAACAAUCUUCUUAAACUUUUUGAUUUGUUGUAUUUUAGAGAAAACUUAUUGUAACCAAUUGAUAUAUAAAUGUGUAUUUUAACUGAAUUAUAAACAUGUUGGUGAAAAAGGUGUAAAACAGGUUUUGUAAUCUCUAGGAAUGUUAAAUGUAUUGUAUGUGAAGCCAUAUUGAUAUGUUUCUAUUAUUUAAAACCUCCAGUUUCUCAGAUAAGUGGGGUAGAAAUUACAUUGUAAAUUUUAUGGAUGAUCCCCAUCUACUUGUUAAAUUUAGAGCGACUUUUAGGUAAUUUGUAGAUAAAUAAACAUGAAAUUUAUAGCGUAUCUGUAAAAAGAAGUCCCUCAUUGAGAGUUAUUGAAUUUUGAGAUGUUAUUGUGUUGCCAAUGACGGCGUUCAACUGUGAUUAUCCCCCUAACAAUGGUAGUCAUACCCUUUUAAAAUUUUACCCACAACUUUUUCUUUAGUAUUUACAAAUAAUGGUGGAAUUUAAAUAUCCUCAAGAUUUCAAAAUACUGUCAAUUGCUUUAAUAAAGUUAUUAGAAAUAAAGUUGCUGAAUAAAAUAAGAAUUUUGGUUGUACAAUCCUGUGUUUAGCUCCCUUUUUGAAGUAUCUUGAAUAAAUUCAUUUUAUUUAAGUGAAAGAUAUUCAAACAAAGACUCUUUUUUUUUAAAGGGAGGUAACUAGAAUUUUUUUAUUUCAAAACCAAUACUAUGAAAUGAAGUUGAAUGUUUUUAACACGUGUAAUUUAUUCUAACCAAAUAAAGUUGUAGAUAGUGUAGUAUAUAUAAAUAGAAGAUUGGAUUUUAAGUUUGAUUGUAAGGAAUAGCAGUUAUGAAGGGAUUGGAUGAUCCAAUAGUGCUAUGUAGACCCCUAAACUUACAAUACAGGUAUAUCACUCUGUGAUUGUGUUUUAUUGUAGAUAAAUGUGAAUGUUAAUCCAGUUUUUAUUCUUUUUGCAUAAAAAACAUAAUGUUCACACAAAAUAUAUUGUAUUAGAUAUCAGUAAUAAAGUACUUUACUUAUGUU